GCCGCUCACGGCACGAUGCCGCCAUUUUGUUUUAAAAAAAAUAAAGAAUUUGUUGUCCUAUAGACUGUACACAAGCUUAUAAUGGUCAUACCACACACCGUUCGAAAGCUGAGAACGUCAGCUUUCAUAUGAACCCAUCCUCAAAGAUCAACACUCUCCACACAGCUAACAGUGGGCUAAUCUUCUCUGUGUGUGAUGUCAUCAAAAUUGCAACCGAAAACGGGGUGUACUUACCUUUGAAAAUUUCUCAAUAUUCCCAACGAAUGUUUUAUGGUCCAAGAUUUCUUCUCUGAGUCAUCCAGUGUCCACAAUGUUGGAAUAUCCAGGCCAUUUACUUCAAAUCCUUGUGUUUUUGUGAUAAUCCCAAUGUUUCUUGGCUUCCUGCAUACGUUGUGUAAUUGUAUUUCUUCACUACAAGCGUCUUUGAAGACGAAGGAAUCCACUCCACCGCACGAAAUGCGCAAAACAGUGCCUGAAUGAUGUUCUCGAAGGUCUUAGCUUUUGAUUGACACCACCCACGAGCCAAUCGGAUCCUCCUAUGGAAAGUUACAGGCGAUUGAAGACCAAUAGGGCACUGCUAUUCAAAUCUGACCUCCCGUCUUUACCUCGCCAUUGGCGUAGGACAGUGAGAGUUUCGGGUUUCAUGAGUCACUGAAUAUUAUAGUUGAGAUUCAUAGCUUUCAAACGAGCUAUCACUCGACUGCCUUGGACUUACAGAGAACCACCCACUUGCUGUUUUCGAUGUUUGCGUAAUUGCUCGCGUAAACAGCAAGCUGUAGAGUUUUGAGAGGACGCACGGUUACGCGAGAGAACAGUAGACUUUACACAGACUUCGGAAGACAGCACGGGACAUACAGUUUGCGUACAGUCUUACAGACAGUCUACUGCAUGCAAAAUGUCUGGUAAGAAGGCAACGAGCAAGAAGAAGAAUGUUGCUGGCCCAACUAAGAUGACUGCUCAACAGGCAGCCGAAUGGAUUUUACAAUCCAGCGACGAAGAGUCCGACGCAGGGAGCAUGUCAUCGGUUGACUCUGUGGCAUUUUUGGAAGGACUCGAUCCAGCCUUGGAGAUAUCCUCUGAUGCAGACUGGCUCCCUGAACAGGAGGAGGAGGAGGGGGAGGAGGAGGAGAGCCAGGUGGAGAAAGAGGGGCAGAGAGUUGGUGAGGAGGAAGGAGACGAUCAACCAUCAGCCUCUUCGCCGGCUACCACCAGAGCAAGGAAGAGGAAAGCAGCGCAGCCAUCCAGCGCCACACCUGCCACCAAGAGAGGCAGAGGAAGAGGGAGAGGAAGAGGAAGAGGAAGAGGACAGGGAAGGCGACAGGAGCCAGAGGGAAAUGGUCAGCCAUGGCAGGGGAUGGACGUGGAUGACAUCAUACCACCACAACCAUCAUUCAACCCCGCUCGCGCUCCAGGGCCCCAGGUCGUGGGGGGGUGCAAUACACCAUACUGCAACUCUUCAUGCUCUUCAUGA